UCGCCGGAAGACUCCCGCCCGCCCAUCCAUCCAAACACUCGGGCUGAGGAGGGAACAGCGCCUGGCUGAAUCCGAGUUGCGCCGUUUUCUACCCAAACUAUCGGUCCAGAUUUCUCCAGCAUAUCUAGCGAGUCUUUUGUUUCGCUUUUGGAAGAAUUACACUGAAAUCAGACACGGACCGCCCGCCUCCAUGAUCCUAACUACAUUUAUACUUAUUAAACCCGGCCAGUCAGGCCAGCCCUGCUGAGCAGCACUCUGCCUGCUUCUUCACUCUGCUAGGAAAAGAAGCUUUAGCGCAGGUAGAAUAGGUACCUGAAGUCUAAAGUAUCCGCAGCGUUUUUACGCAGUUUUUAUCUUUAACUAUAAUCGUUAAAACAUGAUUAAUUCAUCGACGAAUGGGAAAGAUCCGCGGACGAAGUUGGUGCCGCUGGGAGCAUGGAGUACCGCUGUUACCGUGGUCGUCACACUUCUUUGUAAAGCACUCUGUGUACAGUCUGCAUCCUUUCAUUUCACAAAGGAGCCGAAAUCGCAGGAUGCGUUGCAUGGCCGCAGCGCGAUGUUGAGGUGCGAGGUGAACGAUCCAGAGGGCGUGGUCUACAGCUGGCUGCAUAACGGACAGACGGUCUCCAAUUCAGAGCGUCGCUUCCAGGAAAGAGGCGACUUAAAAUUCACUGCCAUCGACAGAACAGUGGACGGUGGCAACUUUCAAUGUGUGGCCACCAAAAACAGCACUGGAGAAGAGCAGCGCACCAGCGAGGCUUAUUUCAACAUCAAAUGGUUAGAAAGCGGUGGGGUAACUCUUCAGAGUCCAGCAUCUCAGGCUGAUAUUAAGAGCUCCUCCCUUGUGACAUUACGCUGUAACAUUGAUGGACAUCCACGGCCGUCCAGUCACUGGUACAGAGAUGGAGAUUCGCUGGCAGAGAAGAACCUGAAGAUCAAUAAUAAGGAGAGAACUCUGACUCUCCCCAGCGCCAGCCCGGAAGAUAACGGCCUGUACUACUGCUGCGCCAAAAACGCUGUGGGCCAAGUGUGCAGCAGCGCCAACUUCACUCUCAACAUUAUAGAUAAGAGCUACCCUCAGCCUGUGGUGAAGCCAGAGAGUCUGGUGGUGCUGAAGAAUGAAGAGGCCCAUUUUCACUGCCAGUUCACAGCAGAGCCACAGCCUACCUUAGAGUGGUACCAUGAGAACGAACUGAUCACCAAUAAGAGCCGUGUGUUUCUACUGAGCAACGGCUCGCUCUUCAUCAGCCAGGUUAAGCAGCGCAACACCGGGCGCUACAGGUGUGUGGCUCAGGGGCCCCGCGGCCCUCCCGUCUCUCUGGAGGCCUUCCUGAGACUCGCUGAAAUUGACGACAUGAUUGAGCGUCAGUCUCGAGUUUUCACUGCGGACUCCCUGGAGAGGGUGUCGUGCCGUCCGCCCCGCGGGCACCCAGAGCCAGAGGUGUGGUGGGAGCGGGAGGGUCAGCGGGUCCCUGUUGAGGGGCGGGUCUAUCAGGACGAGCUGGACCUGGUCUUCAGCCCUACCCGCGGAGAGGAUUCAGGCACGUACACCUGCUUUGCUCAGAACAAGGCUGGCCAGAGGAAGCAAGAACUGACCGUCACAGUUGCCACUGCACCUGAAUGGGUUCAAAAGCCAGAGGACAGCCAGCUGGAGGAGGGACAUGCUGGAUAUUUACACUGUCACACCCGUGCCACACCUAACCCUGAGGUCAUGUGGUAUCGAGCAAAUCAGCCAAUCAACAGCGAGGACGUGCGUUUUAAACAGUAUCCUAAUGGAACUCUGCGCAUCAACAGUGUGGAAGUGUAUGACGGCCACAAGUACCACUGUGAGAGUAGAAAUGAAGCUGGCAGCGUGAACGCCCACGCCAAAGUCACUGUUUUAGAGCGUCUGAAAUUCACGCCGACGCCGCAGUCGCUGCAGUGUCUGGAGCUGGAUAAGGAAGGCAGUUUGCAGUGUUCUGCCAAAGGCCGUGUGACUCCCACCAUCCACUGGUCCAAAACUGAUGGCAGAGAGAUUUCAGCGAGGGUGGAAAGGAAUGGAGGCGUGCUGCACUUUUCCAGAGUGACGCGGGAAGAUGUGGGAAACUACACCUGUCUCGCCUCCAACAGCCUGCAGGGAGAGAUCCGAGCCGUAGUUCAGCUCAACGUAGCCGUGUAUGUGGUCUUUAAGCUGAAGCCGGAGAACACCACUGUUUACCAGGGUCACUCUGCCAUACUCCACUGCCAGGCCACUGGAGACCCUUCUCCCAUCAUCCAGUGGAAAAAGAAAGACAAAUUUUUUGAAGCAAACAAAAGCAGGUUUCAGAUGAUGCCCAAUGGUUCUCUGGUUAUUCAUGAUGUUGUGAUGGAGGACACUGGCAGCUACACCUGUAUUGCUGGCAACAACUGCAACAUCGCGCACACGUCUGCAGAGCUCUACGUUGUUGAGAAGCCCGUGCAGCACUCCAUGUCAGAUGAGGAGAAGGCUCCCUAUAAGAUGAUCCAGACGAUUGGCCUGUCAGUAGGCGCGGCUGUUGCUUACAUGAUCGUUGUGCUGGGCCUCAUGUUUUACUGCAAACAGAGACGCAAAGCCAAGAGACAGAAGGGUGGAGAUGAGCCUGAAAUGGAGUCUCUCAAUGGAGGUGCAGUGCAGCAGAAUGGCCAGACAACAGCAGAGAUUCAGGAGGAGGUGGCUCUAACUAACAUGACGUCCACUGGGAACAAACGCCACAGUACUCAUGACAGGCUGUACUUCCCUCGCAACGGCCUCCACCCAAUCACCACCCUGGGUAAGGGCGAGUUUGGGGAGGUGUUCCUGGCCAAGGCGAAGAGCUCUGAGGAUGAGGAGGAGACUGUGGUUCUGGUGAAGAGUCUUCAGACACGAGAUGAGCAGCUGCAGAUGGAUUUCCGUCGCGAGUGUGAAAUGUUUGCUAAACUUGGCCAUCCUAACAUCACGCGCUUGUUGGGCAUGUGCAGAGAGGCGGAGCCAUAUUACAUGAUUCUGGAAUAUGCUGAUAUGGGUGAUCUGAAGCAAUACUUGAAAAUGUCCAAGAGUAAAGAAGAGAAAGGCAAAAACAGGCCACUCAGCACCAAGCAGAAGGUGUCGGUGUGUCUUCAGGUUGCUCGGGGAAUGGAACACCUUUCCAAUCAGCGCUUCGUCCACAGAGACCUGGCUGCACGUAACUGCCUGAUCAGCGCCAAGCGGCAGGUCCGAGUAUCUUCUCUGGGCCUCAGCAAAGACGUCUACAAGAGUGAGUAUUAUAAUUAUCGUCAGGCCUGGAUCCCCCUGCGUUGGCUUCCCUCUGAGUCGGUGUUUGAGGAUGAUUUCUCCACUAAGACGGACGUGUGGUCGUUCGGGGUGCUCAUGUGGGAGGUCUUCAGUUUUGGGGAGCUUCCACAUGCUGAUGUGUCUGAUGAAGAUGUGGUAAAAGGGCUUCAGGAGGGGAAACUGAAGCUGAAUCCUCCACAGGGCUGUCCCUCCCGCAUCUACAAACUGAUGCUGCGCUGCUGGGCUGCCAGUCCAAAGGACAGAGUCUCCUUUAGCGACAUCGUCACCACCCUCAGCGAGCUUCCCUCCGACAGCAAGGUGUGAGAGAGAGUGAGAGAGAGCGAGCGUGAAAGAGCAUGCGAGAGAGAGAGAGAGAGUCAGAGGGAUAUAGAGUGUGGGACCAACAGACACAAAAUUACAGAAUGCGAGACGGUCUGCAAGACUACAGCCAGGGCUGCUUCUCCACGAGGGCUGGAUUUGUGUGUUUGUGUCUUUUCUACUUAUAAUCCCAUCCAAUGGGUGGACCGUGUGAGAAAGCUGGAAUUAAGACUUUUGUUCCGGAAUAAGCUCGUGUGAAUAAUUCUUCAUUUGUUGUAUAGGUUGUGCCUUCCAGUUAGGAGAAAAGGAAGAAAAGAUGUUUGUUCACUCAACUUUAGAGUACGUUGUACAGAGUGCAGAGUACAGAUUAGCAUACGUUUGUUGUUUAAAACAUGCACUGAUCAGUUUUACAUCAUUGUAUUAUAGAAGGAUUGUUUCAGGAACCUCUGUUUUAAAUGUCCUGUUUUCGUGUCUUUACUGUACAAAAUGUACUGUUUUAUAUUCUUCAUUUUAUUUUUAGUGUUUUGUUUAGAAGAGUACUCAUAUAGCAGAUGGAAAGGUUAGGGAUGACUUGAGGUCUUUGAUGUGAGUUUCCGUUUAAGUGCCUGUAAAAUGAAGGAAUGCUGUAUUUGUUUAAAUGCUUUUAAAGUUUUUUUAAUGUUUUAUACUGUUUUUAACGUGUUAGAUAUAUUCAUAUUGAUUUUGAUACGAUACAAAAAGAACCAGCAACACAUUCUCCUGAUGCAAUAAAACUACAUAUUUUAUAAAAUGUGA